AUGCUUUCAUUGAUACUUGCAUUGACGUGUGCUAAGAUUUUAGUUAAAUGCGAGGAGACGCCUUCGCCUCUUUCGGAACGUGGCGAGAAUUGCUCAAUUGUAGCAGUGCAAUACAGCAGCAUGACCAUGGUCCUAAAUGACACUGAAUAUCAGAGGUAAGUCAUGCUUGAUUUAUAUUUAAGAUUUAUAAAUAACCCCUCAACAAUUAUGAAUUAUAAUGUGAAUGGAUUGUCAGAUUCUUCAAGACAUUAGGUGGACACUAGUGUGGUAAGAUUAAAUGUCGGAAGUGUAGGCUCCUGAGUAUGCAUUUGGAAUUUCGAACAGACCUUGGGCUCUAUGCACGAACAUACUUCUAAGCUUUGUUUCUUCGUGAUCAUGGAUGACGCAAAUGUAUAUAGUCAACUGAUCGAUUGGUUGAUUUGAUCAUGACAUUUGUUUAUACAGUUGUAGAAAAUGUGCAUGGAAGAUGAAGGACGUAAAUAUGUAUGUAGUUUGAUGCUUACUUUGUUCAAGAGUGUGGUAUAACGCUGUUUUCACGAUACAUAAACAACUUUAUAGCCAAAAAUAUAUAAACCCCCUCCGUUAUAAUAUAGAUCAGUAAAAUCACUUCUUAUAUUUUUUGAUCGAUUUAUAAAAUGUAUUUAUAAUGUGUGUACUUAAUGCCUUUUCUAUACAUAUUUUCAUAAGCUGGUUAAUCACAAAGCACACGUUAUUUUAAUAAAUCCGAUAUAUUUUAGUCUCUUUCAGUGCCUACAUAAUCGUACAAUCGUACAUUGCCAGGUUGGAACACAAGCAAGAAACACAUCUGAACCAUUUAUGAAUACUGUGGGCAAAUUGAUGAAAGAUAAAAACAUUUCUAUAACUUGUAACUGUUCUGUGAGUCAACAUAAGUAUUUCUUUACUUCAAUUUAUAAUUCUUCAUUCCGUCAAGCGGAACUAAGUCUAAAUCAGUUAGAAGGUGCAGAAACAAACUCCACUGCUAUCGACCUCUGCACCAAUUCAUCACAAU